AUGAUGUCGAAAGUUGGUGAAAAGGCACAGAAAUCAAAUACAAAUGAAAUUGCUAUUGGAGAAAAUGUUAUCAAAACUUAUGCUGUUAAGGUUGAAAUGUCUGACGUCACGCAAUUUCUCUCUUUUCUUGGAUUAAAGGAAAUAAAAGUGAAUAAGAAAACUUUUAAUGAUUUCAUUAUGAUCUCAAAUCAUGACACAUUAAGCGAUCUUUAA